AUGAGCUUUGCUAUCGAGGUUCCUGGCGAGGCGAAUCCCCUGUCCCUCGAAACGCUGUGCCACGCGUUGCAGGCUGCCACUUCGAACGACUUUGCGCAAAGGCAGACUGCCGGGCAACAGCUUACAUCUUGGGAGCAGACACCGGGCUACUAUUCGUCUUUGCAGGCCGUGUUCCUCGAUAAGUCGAUCCCGACCAAUGUGCGCUUCCUCGCCGUUAUUCAACUCAAGAAUGGAAUCGAUAAGUACUGGAGGCUAUAUGCGCAUGUCAGGAAUGGAAUAAAACCGGACGAAAAGACCUUGAUCCGAUCUCGACUCUUUCAAGGAACAAUUGACGAGGAAGAACGAAACCUGGCCCUGCACAAUGCCCUUGCUGUGGCAAAAGUUGUGAGAAUCGACUACCCGGCAAACUGGCCCGAUGCACUGUCUCAUACAAUCGGCCUAUUACGGUCCGGAAAGGAUGGAAAUCAGAAGCAUCUAUACGGAACUCUUCAAAUUCUUCUGCGGGUGGUGAAAGAGCUGGGAACCGCUCGCUUGAGGAAAUCACAGACAGCGUUACAAUCCGUCACACCUGAGAUUGUCUACGUCUUGAAUGAUAUCUAUGCCGAAAAGACUACACUCUGGUUAUCAUUCUUGUCCAGUAAUCAAGGGUCCGGAGAGGAUGCCAAUGUUGCCAUGCAUAAUAGUCUUCUGUCUUUGAAAAUUAUCAGAAGGCUUAUAAUCCUAGGAUAUGAGAGGCCGCACACCGACAAGUCAGUCGAACAAUUCUGGACGAUUUCUCAAAAUCAAUUUGGACAGUUUCUCAACUUUGUAGGCCAGGAACCCACCAUACCUCCCAUCUACCAAGACCUUGUUGGCAAGCAUCUUCUCCAGUUUACGAAAUUGCAUAUAGACAUGGCCGAACAACACGCAGCGAGUUUCUCGAUUUUACCCAAUUCUCUUCAUCUUGUCCAUGCGUACUGGGAUUUGGUUUCCAAGUUCGCAGAAGUCUUUGACUCGUCAGGCGGCAUCCGUCAAGGUUCUGGGGACGCCGGUUCAUCCAAGGCUAAGGUUGAGGGGCCUCUGCAAGAACGGCUGGCGCUUAAAGGCCUUCUUUUGCUCCGUGCCUGUGUAAGAAUUGCAUUUCAACCGGUGCAAACCUUCAAAUACCGGACUCCCGAGACCAAGGCAGAGCAAGAACAGUCUAGAAAUUUUAUCAAAACAGAGCUUCUGAAAGACGAUCUGGUCAUUCAGAUGGUUAACUCUAUUAUCACACAUUUAUUUGUCUUCCGACGCUCAGAUCUUGAGGCGUGGGAGGAAGAUCCCGAAGAGUGGGAACAGCAGGAGCAAAGUGAGGGCAACGCCUUCGAAUGGGAGGUUCGGCCAUGCGCAGAAAAGCUCUUUUUGGAUCUGCUUACAAACUUCAAACAACUCAUUAUACCACCAUUGCUUUCAUAUUUCCAAUCUGCACAAUCAUCUCAGGCCGACAUCGCCACGAAAGAGGCUGUGUACACAGCAAUGGGCUUGGCUGCUGCCCAUGUUGUCAAUGUAUUCGAUUUUGACUCUGUUUUGUCGUCAACGAUUGUGAACGAUGCUCAACAGCAAGGUGGCUUGCACAAAGUCUUACGGAGACGCAUCGCUAUUCUAAUUAGCCAAUGGGCACCAGUUAAGCUGGCAGAUACCAGCAGACCAUUGGUGUAUCAAAUUUUUCAGCAUUUUUUGAAUCCCAAUGACGAAACGAAUGAUCUGGUAGUGCAAAUCACGGCUGCAAGACAGCUGCGGUGGAUCGCAGAUGAGCUCGACUUUAGCGUCGAGGCAUUUUUGCCAUAUACUUCUGACGUCCUCUCUCAACUCAUCCAGCUCAUCCGGAACGUGGCCGUUGAUGAGACCAAGCUGGCCAUUUUAGAGUCCGUUCGAAUCUUGGUAACGCGAAUGGAAGAGCAAGUUUCACAGUUUGGCGACCAGCUAAUGUCUGCACUUCCAGGCGUAUGGGAGAACUCUGGUACCGAAGAAUACAUGAUCAAGCAGGCAGUCAUUGCUAUCUUUGCAGCUCUUGUUAUGAGUAUGGGUGACGAGUCACAACGUUAUCAGAACUUUAUGAUUCCUCUGCUAUCAGAAGCCGCAAGGCCAGGGUCCGACAUUCAUGUCCAUCUCAUUGACGAGUCACUUGAACUGUGGAACGCAAUUCUUAUGCAAAGCAAAGCACCCCUUGCACCCGAAGUCAUUAGCCUUGCGGAAAUGGCUCUUCCUUUAUUGGAGUACCAACCAGACACAGCAUCCCAGGCACUUACGGCCGUAGAGUCGUACAUCCUGAUAGCACCAUCUGCAAUGUUGGAGGACAAGCUCCGCCGGCCAACGCUGGCCGCCCUCUCUGGCACUCUCAAUUCCAAGAGCCGAGAGCAAGUUCGUCUGGGGACUGUUUGCAUCGAGUACCUUAUCCGAGCGGCAACACAGCUCGGUGGGUCAAACGGAAUCUCAGUCAUUGUACAAGACAUGCUAGAAACUGGCUUCAUGAACCAAAUCAUGACGAAUAUCCACGACGCAUGGGAAGCACACCAAACAACCGGUCCUAACAGGAAGAUUUCCAAGCUCAACACCAUUACAGAAGGGGACUACCUGGCCAUACUAGCCCGGAUUGCCCUGGCCGAACCCAACAUGUUUGUACAAAUGCUCACUGCAUUCGGAUCCCUCGAACAAGUGUGGUCUUGGCUUUCUGCGGAAUGGUUCUCACACCUCUCCAGCAUGGACCACCAAGAACGCCAAAAGCUGUACCUUCUCGGCCUCACGAGGCUGAUUGAACUUCCGUCUCCCAUGCAAGAGCUCACGUUGUCCAAGCUCCAGGACUACUUCGACAUGUGGACAAACGUCACCUCCGAAGUCCAAGAAGGGGAGUUGGGUGGUCAUGAUACACUUGUAUGGGGCGAGCUGGAACCCUCAGAAUACGAUACCCCUAAGAUGAUAAUAGAACGACAGACUAUGGCCAAAGACCCGGUUCACUCGGUGCCGACAUUCUCGUUUGUGAGUGCGAGGCUGCAGGAUCUAGUAGCCCGGGUUGGUGGCGAGGCGGCGUUUGAAGAACAGUGGGCGGUGAAUGUAGACAAGGAUGUUCUGGAGAGGUUUGGGCAGUUGGCAAACGCGGCAAGAUAG